GAAUCUUGCCUAGUUAAAAAUCUGCCAUCUAGAGGAUUUUGAAAGAGAUAUUGGGUCUGAGAGUCGAAAUUUAUACUGACAUUGGUCCUUAUCCAAGCCAUGACGUAAAAAUCACAUUCGGCUGAAGAAACAGUGACCUGUCGAAGGUCAACCAUGUCACAUUGUGAUGCAUGUGAGAAAGACGGGGGCAACUCCUUCUCCAUCCAAGUCCACAGUUUCCCAGAAGAUCCCCAGCUAUGCAAGAAAUGGAUCCAUGCAGUGCAGAAUGUAAUAGAGGGAUGGACACCUAAGGAAAGCUCCGUGAUCUGCUCCAAACAUUUCGAAGACAGUUGCUACAAAGAACCUGACCCAAUGUUGGGUAGGAUCGGGAGUAUGUGCCGAGCACUCAAUGAUGACGCAGUUCCAACAAUCUUUAAGACAUCAAGGAACGCAAAGAAAAUCGAUCUUGGAAAAAGCCACCAGGAAAGCCAGAGAUUGAAGUCAUCAGAGAGACAAGAACAAUCUAGCAUGGAUUUGCAAGAGGCCUGUGACAGAGAAAUGGAUACGAGUAAAACAAAACAAGUGGAGGAACUUGGACUAUCUACAAACCCACACCAUCGCACAAACGGUGAGAUGGAUGUGGAUGUGGUUGGACCAACAGAUGAUGACGUACAAGCGGAAAAACAUAAUACGACAGUUCAGAAGAGCUAUAAGAACCAACCUGUGGUGCCUGUGAUGCUCAAGAGGCAUGUGGAGAAAAGGAAUCCAGUUUUCUUUGAAGGUGAUCUUAAUCUUCCCCUAAAGAAAGUGUUUGAGCAGAUCACAAGUAUAGAAGAAUCGAGAGCUAAUAAGGUAUUGAUAGACGAAGGCAGAAGAAAGGGAGAAUAUAGAUGGUGGUCUAGUUCAUCACAAGAUUUCAGAACAAAGUUUGAUACUUACAUGCAUCGGCUUGAGAGGAAAGGAAGCAAUAUCCCUGUGACCUUUGACCCUAUGACACCAUCAACGCUAAGCAUUCUGGGUGAUAGUGAGGAGACCAUCCGAUUGAAGCAGAACUUGUCUGUUCCUUGUCUUGGAGAGCUAUUCUGCACCGAAAGUCCGCUGUGUCCAUAUUGUGGUUCUGUAUUGGUGAAUAUGACAAGGGUUGUUAGGCACACGUGCAAGUUCAAGAGAAUAGCCAGAGAGGCCUUUGUUAAGAGCAAUGUCCCUGACGUUGUCUUAGUUAAGGACACCAAAUGGACAAAACUACAGAAGACUGCCUUUGGCAAACCUAAGAAGAAGACAGUGAUAGACAAACUGCCAGUGACCACAGGCCUUACAGGACUUGUGGAUGUCUUGGACAUAUUCCAAGAAAAUAAGAACAGAUUAUUUGAUGGGCUUAGCAUAACAGAAAAAGAGGAACCAAAGGCCACAGUCAAGAGGAGAAAGAACUAUAACGUGUGGAAAAAGUUGCGGAUGAAACACAAAGCAAACCCUCCACCUCCGUCUCCGUCGCCGUCGAAGAAAGGAUCCCCGGUGAAGAAUGAGAAGAUGAGGAAGAAGAAGAAGAAGAAAAAGAAGAAGAAGGAAAAGAAGGAGGGAAACUUGACAAGCCAGUCAACUGUCCUGGGGGAAUCAAUAGCAGAUACGAGGAAAGAAGAAGAUAAGAAUAGAUUUACAAUAAACUCCAUUCAACUCAUAGAUGGGUCUAAUUCUGAUCUGCUUUUUGCUGACCUUCAAAAUCUUGGCCUUGUGAUGGCGGAGUCGGGCAACCUUGGAAGCAAGUCCUCCAAGGAUCACUCAGACAACCAAACAAUGGCUAAUGACGUCGCUCCCAAUCCCGUGUACCCGGUAAGCAUUAUGCCCUCAUCUCUGCUUCUGACAAACAUGAACUCUGCCAGCAGCCCUGAGAACAACGAGCCUGUGGACUCCAAGGAAAAUGUGUUCAGAGAUGCUUCGAGGAUGGGUGCGUUUCCUGAUCAAGCGUUGACAAUCCCGGUGAAGUGCGAGAAGGACGCUGUCAAGUGUCCCAAGUGUGACUUUUGGUGUGACAGUGAGAAGGAGCUUGAAUGGCAUCAGUGCUUGGACUCCCAAUGUGCUCCACCGGGAGGGCUUGAUGUAGGAGGAGGCGGCGGUGGUGGUGGUAUCACGUUAAGUGAUGGUACGUUCAUAAAGGCGGAGCCCAUGGAUUACAGGUGACGUCAUGAGGAGAAGACAGCGCUGAAAGAAGCUACUUUAUCCUGCCUUCUCUCUGUGACUGCAUAGGACCAGUGAAAUUAUCAAAGAUGAUCACAGGAGGUAGACCAAGUGGUGUUAACGAAAGGUUAUGGGCCUCGAGUCACUCUAUAAACCCAGUUUUAUUGGAUAUAUAUUGCAUGACCACAUUGGUCAGAUUAUACAAGGGCACAACGCAAAUAUGUGGCAAUCGAUGGUGUUUAACGUUGGAUACCGUAUAAGCUUUGGCACUUUAGCAGGAUUAGAAAUCCUCAUAGACGUCAGGUCACGGGGUCGUUGACUGUUUUUGAUGGCAUAGAAUCACUGAUCCUACACCUCAUACCGUUGCUGUAGACAUUAAUGGAGUCCAGGAUGAAACGGGAGUCUCUGUUGAAGACCCAGUCCUUUCUUUCUUACUUUCCUAUUCUCCCUUUCUAUGGGGACCGGGUGGGCGUUUCAUAAACCUGCUUGUAAAGUUACGCACAACUUUACGAACGACUGGAACAUGUUCUUAUGUCCUAAAUGAAUGACAUGGGGAUGUAUCAUCUAGCACAAGAAGGGGUCACCAGUCGUGCGUAAAGUCAUUUGUAUCUUACGAACAGCUUUAUGAAACACCCACCAGGACCACAACAUUGCCUGCUUCUAUCGGUCUCCAGUUUCACACAGAAAUGUCUGAUUUCUUAAGAUGUUCACAUUACAUUGAUGAUAUAUACUGCUAAGAAUGUUAUCAAUCCAAUGUUGAAUGAAUAAAGAUUGAAAUUGAAUUAGCAAUCAUCAAAAUAUUUUAAACAAUUGAUUCCAUUGACUACAAUGUACAAUCCAUCGCAGAAAUCAAGCAUACAAUUAAUCACUGUGUUACGUGACCCUUGUUGAGAAACGUAGACAAUGUGAAUUCCAAAAUUCAGUUCUUAACAGGAUUAUCUGCAUAUGAUAUGUUCAAUAGGGGAGGCAAUAUUUUCCCACACUUUGAAUCAGCAAAGGCCCUUUGAAUUCAUAAUCAUGUUUAUUCAUUAAAUUAGCAGUGUUCUGGUCAAGAAGCAAUCUAAUAGGAUAUAUAAGAAGAAUAGAUGAUUUUUUUUUUGUAAUGUACAAUCGCAUUGGAAUUCUUCCCUUGAAAUUCAAACUAAUUGAUGCUUUCUUGUGGACCUUUUUAACCAAAAGAUAUCCUAUUGAGCUGAUAUUAAAGGAGAGGUCCACCCCAACAAAAAGUUAAUUUUAAUAGAAAAAGAAAAAUCAAGCAAGCAAUAAUGGUUAAGAUUAUGUCAAAAUCUGAUAUGAAAUAAAGAAAUUAUAACAUUUUUUUGCUCGAUUUCACAAGACAGUUAUAUACCAUGUGAUUAAAAAAAAGACUCGUCACAUACCCCCAAUUGAAGGAAGAAAUAUAUCAUGAACAAAUUUAUAUGGCUGAAAAGAGUAUCUCCUCCCAAAUAAUUUGACACCAUAUUUGUGUGGUAUAUCUUCAUGCUUGGAUAAUCAGUAGGUUUUCUUUGCAGGGAUGUAAAUUGUGAUUUGUGCCAAAGUAAGGCAUGACUGCAAAGAAUGAAUCCAGAUUCCAAUGAUGUCAUAAUCCUACAUGAACAUAUUUGCAAAUACCUUUUUCAAUGAAAUUUACUUGAGAAUUGAUACUAAAAGUGUUUUUUAAACAAUUAUAAUGUAAAUUAUGGAUAAGGUGUUUUGAAAUGGAUUUUAAUGCAACCCUUGUAGGAUUAUGACAUCUGGGCCAGGUCUUACAAAGAGUUACGGUGAUCUGAACAACCUCAACUAUAUUGAAAUCCAUGAAUUUCAUAAUUUUUUCUACAGGAAAUUUGCACAUUGUCAUUUGUAAACAAAGAGAAGCUCACUGAAUUUUCAAGAAAACAAUGAAUAUAUGAAUAUACUAUGGAAAGCUAGCAAUGUGCAGUUUCAAGAUGUUACAUCAAAUCUUGAAAAUAUUUUGAACAAAUGUGCAGUUUUAAGAUGUUGACUAGCUUUCCAUAGUUGUGUUUGAUCGGAUCAACCGCAACUCUUUGUAAGACGGGACAAAGGAUUCAUUCAUUGCAGUCAUACCUUACUUUGGCGCAAGUCAAAAUUUGCAUCACUGCAUCAGAGUACCUUCUGAUCAUCCAAGCGUGAAGACAUACUGCAUAAAUAUGGUAUUAAAUUAUUUGGGAGAACAUACUCUUUCAGGCCGUAUAUAUUAAUGCAUUCAUGACAUUUUUCCUAAAUGGGGGAUUUGUGAGGUGUCAAGUUUUUUUUACUCACACAGUACAUACCUUGGACGGUAUGCAAGUGAGGUAACUGAUGAUGUCACCCACUCUAUUUCUUUGUUUUUCAUUUUACCUGGCAUUAAAAUUGGUCUUAGCUAGAACCCUGCUUACUUGUAUACUGCUUCAUCACCGGUUUUGGAAAUAAUUUGAAUUUUUGAAUGCUCUAUAACUUUCUUAACAUAUUUGUGUGAUAUUUUUACUGUUUAGCAAAAGGACAAUUUGCUUAAAUCUUCCCAACUUGUACUAUGUUGCAACACACCAGUAGUCAUUUUUUUUCAAGUCUCAUGCAUCUUUUUGGUGAAAAGUUCGUCAAAAUUGGACAACAUGGGUUGCAUGGUUUUGGCGAAUCUUUUAAAAAAGCAUAUGUCAGUUAAACAAAAUUAGAUGAAUGACAACUUUUUCCUAAAUUGCUUCAAUACACUAUUUAUCAAAACUAUUUCAGUUAUAUUUUCUACUCUAGACUUGAUCUAAAUUGAAUUCUGGAAUAUAUUUUAUCAUAGUAACAUAAAUAUGCACUGUUAUGAUGAAUAACAAAGAGAAAAAAUCAUAUUUGAUUGAAAAAAAAUGUUUGAAAUGCUUUAUAUUAAUUGCAAAAUUGUUUGCAUGAAUAAACCUUAUUUGAGAUAAAUACAGAUUUACCAUCAUAGAAAUACAAUAAUUUAAUUUUUAUAAUUUGAUACGAAUUACAAAGCAAUGUUGCUGCACCCUAUACACUUCUUUUUAUGUUUGUGUGCAAAGUUUUGUAUCAGACAUGGCAGGGUCGAGAUCAUAAAGGGGUGGGGAGGGAAUCAAAUUGAGCCCACUACAGUAAAAAAAAAACUUGAUUUGAAAAAGCUUUUAAGAUGGGUGUAAGGGGGAAUUCCACUCUGAAUAACAGAAAGUU